AUGCCUCACUCAUUCGGUUACCGUGCGCGUACGCGCCACAUGUUCAAGCGGGGCUUCAAGGACCAUGGCCCCGUUAAAUUGUCGACGUACCUCAUUAACUACCGCAUCGGUGACAUCGUCGAUAUCAAGGCAAACGCCGCCCAACAAAAGGGUAUGCCUCACAAAUACUACCACGGACGGACUGGAAUCGUCUACAACGUCACCCCCCACGCUGUCGGUGUCAUUGUCUACAAGGUCGUCGGCAACCGCUACAUCGAGAAGCGGGUGAACCUCCGUGUCGAGCACGUGAGGCACUCGAAAUGCCGGCAGGAGUUCUUGGACAGGGUGAAGCGCAACCAUGAUGCACAUGUCGCUGCAAAAGAGAAGGGCGAGCGUAUCUCGCUGAAGCGUGUCCACGUUCUCCCUCGGGAGGCACACACCGUCUCGGUCGCCCAAAACACGCCGCAAACGAUGACGCCCGUUCCUUACGAGACUACCAUCUAA